GAUAGGUAAAAAUAAAUAAUAACAAAAAUAAUAACAGUAUAAAAAUGUCCUCAGCGUGAAGAUGUCCCGCCCCCUUUAGAAGGACGUGGUCACGGGCGGUGUUGUGAUUGGUCCGAGAGCGCGUCUCUCAAAGCAACAGAGCUUCUCCUGUAUCGCGUUGGGUUGCUUGUCAGUGGAGUGGAAUGGAGGUGGAUUGGAUUGCAGCUGUAACGAUGGGCUCCUCUUGCAGGUAAAAAAAAAGGAAGGAAGGAAAGAAGGAAAGAGAGAAGAAUAGUAAAAAGAAAAGCAGAAAAUAAUGAUAAUGCAAACCAGCGCCCGUGAGCGAGGAGUCCGCGCGCGCCCGUCGUCCUCCCGAUGAGUUUGUGUUAGGAAUAUGGAAUCACUUUCGGGUCUCGAAGGGAACAGGGUUUUGGCUCUGAUGAUCCGAUCGAGUGCUGCGUGGUGCUGUGUGUCCUGACCACCCUUUUGCUGUGGACUCACACAUACCAGCACACACACACACACACAUAUCUCUUCCACUGCCUUUUGACUUCAUGAAGAUUCGUCCCAUUGGUGAUGUGAUGAAUAAAUUUGAGGUCCUUGGGAUUGUAGGAGAAGGAGCCUAUGGGGUGGUUCUAAAAUGCAGGCACAAGGAGACGAAAGAGCUGGUCGCCAUAAAGAAGUUCAAGGACAGUGAAGAAAAUGAAGAGGUGAAGGAGACGACUCUGCGGGAGCUGAAGAUGCUCCGCACGCUGAAGCAGGAGAACAUCGUGGAGCUGAAGGAGGCGUUCCGGCGUCGAGGGAAACUCUACCUGGUUUUUGAAUAUGUGGAGAAGAACAUGCUGGAGCUGCUGGAAGAAAUGCCCAACGGCGCACCACCCGACAAAGUCCGCAACUACAUUUAUCAGCUGAUUAAAGCGAUCCACUGGUGCCAUAAGAACGAGAUCGUACACAGAGACAUCAAGCCGGAAAACCUCCUCAUCAGCUGCAACGAUAUCCUCAAGCUGUGCGAUUUUGGCUUUGCCCGAAAUCUUUCCGAAGGCAGUGACGCCAACUACACCGAGUACGUGGCCACUAGGUGGUAUCGUUCUCCUGAGCUGCUUCUUGGAGCUCCAUAUGGAAAGGCUGUGGAUAUGUGGUCUGUGGGAUGCAUUCUGGGCGAGCUGAGUGAUGGACAGCCUUUAUUUCCGGGUGAAAGUGAGAUCGAUCAGCUCUUCACUAUUCAGAAAGUGUUGGGGCCUUUGCCUCCGGAGCAGAUGAAGCUGUUUUACAGCAACCCCCGCUUCGCUGGUCUCCGGUUCCCUACAGUCAGUCAUCCUCAGACCCUGGAGAGGAGAUACUUAGGCAUCAUUAAUGGACUUAUGCUGGAUCUUAUGAAGAACCUGCUGCAGCUGAACCCGUCUGAACGCUUUCUGACAGAGCAGUGUCUGAACCACCUGGUGUUCCAGGCGCUGCGAGCGCUGGAGCGACCUGCACCUCCAUCUCCCACCCCUCCUCGCUCCUCCAAGAGGAAACCGUACCACGGCGACAACACCAUCCCCAGCCGCAGUAAGAGCUCUAGUCAUCGUCGCUCCAACAGCAAAGAUUGCUCAUCGCUGCCUCGCCAUGAGGACUUGCGCCGGAGCACGGAAGGCUUCCUGAAUGGUGGUGGUGUCCCCAUAGGGGCCAGUUUAAGCCCUACACUGCAUCCCAAAAGCUACCAGAGCCAGACGUUGAGCCGCUCAAUCUCUUGCAGCAAAGAGCUGGCUAACAACAAUCUGCCCCAUCUCCUGAGCCCCAAGGAUAUCAAGGGCAAAACAGAGUUUGACUUUAUUCUGGGGCCCAAGGCCACUGGCGGGUUAGACAUUUCUACCGGCAAGUACCUCAAAUCAUCCAAACAAAACCGCCAGCCGUCCUCAUCUUUCCUAGAGGGCAAAACAAGCACUCUGCAGUCUAGUGAUAAGCACGGGCGUCACGGCUACAUGGAUAACUCACACGGCUCUAUGCCUUCGUCAUCAUCAUCCAAGAGCAACUCAUCUUUCCUUAGCCUGUCCAAAAGCCACGGCACACUGAGCGACGCCAAGUCUGUUGGAAACCUGACCGAACCCCGCCUUCACCUAGAGGAGACCGUGCCCAGUUCUAACUCGGGUUCCCGGUACUUCCCGACCAGUUGUUUGGACUUGAACGCCGCCCCUACUAGCCCCCGAACAGAGCGGCACUCUGGCUCAGACCGCCAGGGCCAUAGUCCAGCCGGGCGCACUAACACUCGCAUGGAGGGUGGCACCCUGGACUCGCACCACUCCUCGAGUCGCAAAAAAACAUCUGAGGAACCCAAAGUGCCAGAUACCCUGGAUCCGGCUAUGGUGGCUGGGGCUGCAGGUGUCCAUAGUCAUACACUUUCUGCCCCCCAUGAGACCUUCCCAUAUGGCCUUGGCUAUACCAGUCCCUUCUCAUCUCAGCAGCGCCCCCACAGGCAUUCUAUGUAUGUGCGACGUGAGCGCCACAGGACCCAUGGUCAGGAGGCUGGGCUGGCAGUAAACCAGGGUGUGCCAACACGUGCCAGCAGCCUUCAGCUCCUCUCCCCUCAGCUGCCCCACCGCACAUUACCCCGCCACCCAACCAGCUCCUCCAGAGAGGAGCUCAACCAGGACCUCAGCAGGAAUGAACAGUCUCCAAAAGAGAUGCCUCACUCUCAUGGCCCAAUUAAGGACUCAACAAGGGACAACACUUCUUCCUUCCACUCACAGCGUGCCAGAAAUGAGGUCGGAAUGUACCACGAUCCACAUCUGGAAGAUGGAACCUCAUCCAAGGAAAACCGGAUCAUCUAUAGUGAUUCUAUGCCUCGGAGAGUGGGCAGCUUUUACAGAGUCCCUUCUCCACGACCAGACAAUUCCUUCCAUGACAGUGCGGCUCAGAGCAGAGUUCCUCCCGUAUCAGCGGACAGUGCUGCCAUGGGUAACCACUCCAAACGGCAGACGAAUUUUGACCCCUGGAAUAACUCCGAGGCAAUGGUUAUGAACCCACCGGAGAUGCCGAAACAGAAGGAAAAACAGGGUUUCUUUAGAGCAAUAAAGAAGAAAAAGAAAAAGUCACAACCAACGGAGGGCUGCGAAGGAAGGAACCCGAGCAUCAAGAAAAGCCUUUUCCCUCUCUUUAACUCAAAGAAUAGCUUAAAGCAUAACUCCUCUGUGCUUCCUGUGCUUGCUCAGCCCAUGGUUGCAGCUGAAGGCCAGCAGGACCAGCUGGUGCUCCAGAGACCAGUCAAAUCCUCGUCCCACCACAGCAGCCGUCAUCGGAACCGAGACAGAGACAGGGACCGGGACCGGGAUAGAAACCGAGAUCGAGGUCGUGAGCGAGACAGAGACAACACCUGGCCAAUAGAGAAGCAUACAAAUGUGCAACCUCAGAACCAGCCUCUGCGAUCUCUGCGCAAGUUGCUGCACCUCUCCUCUUCUCCGUCAUCCUCUACAGCUGCCAGCCAACCUCCUCCUCCUCCUCCUCCUGCUCAAGAUCGCUCCUCUGAAGUACGCUUCCAGCCACUCACCAACCCGCCACCCAAAGCAGCUCCCCCGCCCAUGCCCGAAGCACGGGCCAUUCCUGUGGGCAGCAUAACUCCUAACACCAAGAGCCGUAAGCCCCACAGUUACCCUCUGCCGGGGCAAAUAGAGUCCGCCUGGCAUGCCACGGCUCCCUACCCCGACCAAAUGGCCAGUAAAGGUGGGCAAAAUGGCAUCGGGUUCACCAGGGCUGCCCGUCCUCGGAUGCCAAACCUCAAUGACCUGAAAGAAACCGCUUUGUAGGGGCACACGUGUUUUCUUUCUCUCUCUCUCUCUCUCUCUCUCUCUCUCUCUCUCUCUCUCUCUCUGUGUCUCACGCUCUCUCCUCUUCUGACUAACUGCAAAACUGAUAUCACUUCCGCACUUAAACACCACCUCUCACCUCUAGCCAGAAGGUGGUGCUAUUCAUGUCUUGAGUUUUUCUUUCUUUCUUUUUCCUUUUUUUUUUUUGUUUAUUUACAUUUUUUAAAUCCACCCAUCCACUUUGAUAGAAUUUGUAUUAUCGUUCAUGGGUUCAGUUUUCAGUUUAUUGACAUACGACGAAGUAUCCGAAGUAUUUGUAUAAGGAAAUUGAUCAGACAGGAGAGGGAUAAAUUAACCGUGGACUAGUAAGAGCUUUAGUUUCUACACCAGAGAAUGUACAAAUAUUUAUUGUGUAAUAAUUCUAUAUUUCAUGGAGAUUAUUUAAUGAAUUAUGAGUGUCUUAUCUAUUUAAUAUCGACAUUGUACAGAGUGCAUUUUAUUGUUGUAACAAAUGGUACAUACUAUUCUUCCUCUUCUUCUUCUUAUUAUUGAACACUUUGUUUUGUUAUGAAUCCUCUACUGCCUUGACACCAAGGCAUCUCAAGUUUGUAAAAAGUUCUGUGAGAUCGACCUGCCCAUUAACACAGACGCUACAAUGUUAGAGGAAAAUUCUCAUCACAUGAUCUCCAGCUAUAAAGUUUGGGAACACCUUGUCUUUAAUGGUUUUAAAAACACACAUGAAUGUUCCUUUUGUUUCUGUGCAACAAACCAAGUCAUUUAACGGUAUAAAGAUUUACUUUGAACAAAC